UCUACUAUUGGGCCAGCGUGGUUGCAAAAACCUUUGGUUCGACUUUAUUCCUAGAUUUGAGUUGUUAAAUUCCCGUAUCCCGCCCGAAGAUGCCCCCGAAAAAAGCGCCGCCAGGUCCCAGCAAGAAGACGGAGCAGAAGAAGAAGGAGAAAGUCAUUGAGGACAAGACCUUCGGACUGAAGAACAAGAAGGGCAACAAGCAGCAGAAGUUCAUCCAGCAGGUGCAGAAGCAGGUGCAAUCUGGUGGCCAGCAUCCCCGCCAGGAUGGCGACAAGCGCAAGGAGGAGAAGGAGAAGAAGCUGGCCGAGCAGCGCGAGAUGGCGUCGAUCUUCAAGCCAGUGCAGACCCAGAAGGUGGAGAAGGGCACCGAUCCCAAGUCUGUGGUCUGCGCCUUCUUCAAACAGGGUCUCUGCACCAAGGGCGACAAGUGCAAGUUCUCCCACGAUCUGUCGCAGGAGAACAAGGUCGAGAAGCGCUCCAUCUACGUGGACAUGCGCGACGAGGAUGAUCCGAUGACCAACUGGGACGAUGCCAAGCUCAAGGAGGUGGUCGAGAAGAAGAGCUCCGGCGAGAAGCAGCGCCCCACCACGGACAUUAUCUGCAAGUUCUUCCUAGAGGCAGUGGAGAAGUCCAAGUACGGCUGGUUCUGGGAGUGCCCCAACGGCGGCAAGUGCAUCUACCGACACGCCCUGCCAGCCGGCUAUGUGCUGAAGCGCGACAAGAAGAAGGAAGACAAGCCCACGGAAAUCUCGCUGGUCGAUCUGAUCGAGAAGGAGCGCGCUGCCCUGGGACCCAACCAGACGCGCGUCACAUUGGAGUCCUUCCUCGCCUGGAAGAAACGCAAGCUGUCGGAGAAGAAGGCCAAGCUGGUCGCCGAGGAGGAGCGUAAGAAGAAUGACUUCAGCAAGGGCAAACAGUUCGGCAUUUCGGGUCGUGAGAUGUUCAGCUUCAAUCCCGACCUGGUCGACGAUGGACCAAUGGAGGAGGGUGACGCUGCUUUCGAUAUUUACAAGCGCGAGGACGACGACGACGACAAUACCGUCGAGUUCAAGGAGCUGGAUCUGGCCGCUCUGUCGCUGGCUGCCCAGGAGGUGGACGGCUCGGGCACCAUUGCCUCCACCAAUCGACUUCUGGAUCAGGCAACGGAAGCAGCCAAAACCGCCGCUGCCGAGGAUGCAGCGGCCGACGAGGACGGCGCUUCGUCGUCUGCACCCGCCAACGAUGCUGCCCCCAUCAACAAGGAUCUCUUUGUUGAUCUGGCCGGCGAACUGGAUGACUUGGAUCUGGAGGACGAGGACGAUGACUAGUCCUCCGUGUAGUUUGUUUGAAACGAGUUCAUAAAAUGAUUUCUGCCUUUUAGCUACCUUCAAUCAAUAAAGUUGUGGCUUUCAAUUGUUGCAUUUCUGGAAAUGA